GUGAGUGCCGUAAACACCCUUUUGACAAGCGGCCGCCACCCUGUUCAAAGCCUAGUCACACAGCACAGUUCAACCGCUACCGAGAACCUGCUCAUACCCACCGGGCACCCAGAACACAACCCGAUCGAAUCCAGACUGCACUUCCCGGUAAUUGUUCAGCUGUGUUGUGUGAACUUCUCUAACCAUCUUGUUACUGCAAGCUUUGAAGAAUACUGCAAAUAUGUCCAACAACAAGAUCAGCCUCCCUGCUAAACUCAUCAAUGGCGGAGCUGCUGGAUUGAUUGGAGUAACUUGUGUUUUUCCGAUAGACCUGGCCAAGACCAGGCUGCAGAACCAAAGGAUGGGGCAACGUACCUACACCAGCAUGGUGGACUGUCUGAUUAAGACUGUGCGAUCUGAAGGAUAUUUUGGAAUGUACAGAGACGGUCGCCAAGGAUAUUGAGGGCUAGCCGAUCUGGCGAAGCCACGAUGGAUCAAAUCAUUAAAUGGUUUACAGUACCACUUACUAUUGUGCGGCUGUGAACCUGACGUUGGUAACACCUGAGAAAGCCAUUAAACUUGCUGCAAAUGACUUUUUCCGCCACUACUUGUCAAAAAAUGGUAAGGGCUUAAAUGUGUUCAAAGAGAUGCUGGCAGGUUGUGGGGCAGGAAUCUGUCAGGUUAUUAUCACUACUCCAAUGGAGAUGCUGAAAAUCCAGCUCCAGGAUGCUGGCAGAUUAGCUGCUCAGCAGAGAUUGAUAUUGCCUUCAAGCUCUUCUACUAAAGUUGUAGCCACCAACCCAGUUCUGAGUCGGGCAUACAAUGUUGGUCCUGUUGCUGUUACCAGACCAAUGUCUGCUACCCAGAUUGCCAAAGAUUUAUUCUGCUCCCAGGGAUUCAGAGGACUGUAUAAAGGAUUAGGAGCCACUAUACUGAGGGACGUUCCCUUCUCUGUUAUUUACUUCCCAUUGUUUGCCAAUCUGAACAAACUUGGACAAAAUUCGUUGGAUGAGAAAGCUUCUUUCCUCCAUUCAUUUUUAUCAGGAUGUGUUGCUGGUUCGGUUGCUGCUGUAACUGUCAACCCAUGUGAUGUGAUCAAAACCCGUUUUCAGUCACUACAUAGAGGAGCAAAUGAAGAAGCCUACAGUGGGAUUGUGGACUGUGCAAGGAAAAUCUGGGUCAAUGAGGGUCCUUCUGCAUUCUUGAGAGGAUCUGGUUGCCGAGCACUAGUCAUUGCACCACUCUUUGGCAUUGCACAAAUGACUUAUUUCGUAGGAGUUGGAGAGCUUGUCUUGGGAUUUUCACGGUUUGAAGUGUACUAAUUGUAUCCAUUCCUGAAGGACUGACUAAAUUAGCCUAUAUGCUGGAAAAUCCCAAACAAGGAACCAAGACACUGCGCAGCUACUGGAGGAUUCACUCGGUUUACCUUUAUUCAGAUUCCGGAGGUGGUUGUGAAUAUGGGAAUACUGUUUGGAGGAUCAAGAAUAUUGGUCAUCAGCCUCUUAGUUACUGAAUGAUUUGAGCUGGUUCUUUUGGUAAGAUUGUCUUGGAAAUGUAAAAGAAUGCUUAAACUAAAGGGGCCAAACUUGUAUUUCCCUCACCAGCUGCAUGCUUUUCUUAGCUUUGUGAAGAAUUGGAACAGAAAGUACACAUUUAACAAUUUUUUAAGGAAACAUUUUUAUACUUUAUAUAUUGGUCACGUUUUCCAAGCCACGUUUUCCAAGCCAAUCUUAAUUUUAAGGUUGGAGAUCCUUAAAAGCAAAACUGUUUUGGAGAUGCUUGGGGGAAAGUUACUCUAGAUAGUCACCAAAGUGGUUUCAUUUCAAAAAAGGAACAUCUGACUGGACUUUAAAGUUAAUAUGGUGGGAAUGGGGGAUAAAUUCAAGGAAUACAUUUUGCAUUGACUUGAAGGAAUAGUUUCUGGAAAACUGUUUCCAUCAUACAUUUUUUUUAAAUGCUUGUGCAAAACCACUCAUUCAGUUAAUUAGCUCUGAAGAAUUCAGUAUUUGGUUUGUUCCAUAUUUGGAUCUACCUGUAUGGAUGAGGAACUGUGCUCCCUGCACUUGAUCUAGAUGUUACACCCAAGAUGACCACUUUAAUGUGUUCACAUAUUUGUAAAGGGCACAUUACAGAAUAGCCAAGACGCUGACUAGUAGGCCCAACAUAGACCAUUUCAUUUUCACUGGUACUAUAGUAGCAAAAAAAAAAGCCUGUUCAGGUUAAAUAAUCAGUUUAAAAAACCAUGAGACAGGAUUCUCAACAAUUUAGGAUCUCACUGGAAACUGUCUUGACUGGAAUUCAUAACACUUGAGGAAAUGAUGUCUGACUUUUACAAUUAGAAAAGUAGGAUGUCACUGAUCCUGUCUGUUUUAUUGUUAUGUUGUAAAUGUCAUGAUACAAAUACCUCUGGUUAAUGUUUAAUGCCUUCUGUGCCAUAGAAUUGGUUUACAUGAAAUAUUUAAUAACUGAUAUUGGGUCAUGACAACAUUCUCAAAUAUUUGGAUUUAAGUAUUUAAAUAAACUGGUUUACAGAUUCAAACUAAGCAAUGACAAUAAAUCUAAAGUUUUAUAACCUU